GCAGGGCGCCAUAGGGAUUACUUAGACUGCGAGGAUCUGUCUAGAAAACGAGGGCGACCCACCGUCGUCAGAAUUGCCAGUCCAAACACACUCCCUUUGUUGAUAUUUCCGCUGUUACACCCUCUUUGGUCUCUUCACAAUCAUUAGUCGUGAACAAUGAUGAACGGCCAGAUGAAUGGUUUUCACAACUCUGUCAUUGACGAGGACUGCUUCUUGUUCACCUCGGAAUCUGUCGGAGAAGGGCAUCCCGACAAAAUCUGCGAUCAAAUCAGUGAUGCGGUCCUUGACGCUCACCUCAAGCAAGAUCCAGAUGCCAAAGUUGCCUGUGAGACGGUUACCAAGACGGGUAUGGUCCUGUUGGCAGGUGAAGUGACCUCACGAGCUACAGUGGAUUACCAGAGAAUCGUACGGGACACUAUUCGCCAGAUUGGCUAUGACGACUCUGCUAAAGGCUUUGACUACAAGACCUGCAAUGUCCUUGUGGCCUUGGAGCAGCAGUCUCCUGACAUUGCUCAGGGUGUCCACGUUGACCGCAAUGAAGAAGACGUUGGAGCUGGCGACCAGGGCUUGAUGUUUGGAUAUGCCACAGACGAGACAAAGGAGUGCAUGCCCCUCACAAUUGUGCUCGCUCACAAACUCAAUGCCAAGAUAGCUGAGCUUCGACGUAACGGCACUCUGCCGUGGCUCCGACCUGACUCAAAGACACAGGUUACCGUGCAGUAUCGUCAGGACUGCGGCGCCAUGCUUCCGGUGCGUGUCCACACUAUUGUCAUCUCCGUUCAGCAUGAUGAGGAGAUUGGCCUUGAGGAGAUGAGAGAUGCCCUCAAGGAAAAAGUCAUCAAGUCUGUGGUUCCGUGUAAUUAUUUGGAUGAUGAUACCAUCUACCACCUUCAGCCUAGUGGCAGAUUUGUCAUUGGCGGGCCUCAGGGCGACGCCGGACUGACGGGGCGCAAGAUAAUUGUCGACACCUACGGCGGCUGGGGGGCCCACGGAGGCGGAGCUUUUUCUGGCAAAGAUUACACCAAAGUGGACCGCUCUGCUGCGUACGCCGCGCGUUGGGUUGCCAAGUCGCUGGUGAAUGCUGAGCUCUGCAGGAGAGUGCUGGUUCAGGUGUCCUAUGCUAUAGGAGUUGCCCACCCCCUUUCAAUUUCCAUCUUCCACUAUGGGACCUCCAGCAAGAGUGAACGGGAGCUGCUGGACAUUGUCAAGAAGAACUUUGACCUUCGUCCCGGAGUCAUUGUCAGGGAUCUGGAUCUGAAGAAACCCUUGUAUCAGAGGACGGCUGCCUAUGGCCACUUUGGCCGUGACUCCUUCCCAUGGGAGGUUCCCAAAAAGCUCAAAUACUAAAUCUGUUAAGCUUUUCGCCCCCAGGCUUGUUGGUGUAUACUACAGAGAAGCCUCCAAGAUUCAGGGGGUGAAAUGCCACUGUCUCUCGCUCUCCCUCCCUCCCCAUCUUUCUCUAAAACGAGUCAUCAUUUACCGCAUGGCUAUAUGUCCUCUGUUUUUGCAUUAUUCAUAAAAUCAUUCUUUUUUUUUUUCCUCUAUUCUAUUUUUUUUUCUUUUACUUUGUGGUUCCAAGAAUAUGUCCAUAUUCUUUUUGCUCGUUACUGUGCUAGAGCCUGAUCUGCUGAAGUCCUCAUCUUUUUAACAUCGGUCUAGUCUAGUUGAGUUGUUGGUUUGGGAAGUCUUGGUGUCAUUUCUGUAGUUGGCCUUCACUCACUGGUGCUACUGCAAGAGGAGCCAGAAUGACCUGCAAGGUAAAUCUUCAUCUCGUCGUUUUGGAAGGUCCUCUGAUCUUACUGAGCAACAUUCCUCCUCGGUCAGUCUGGUACAAAUAUUCCAUCACCUGAUGGUCUUGAUAUUUCUUUUGCUAGCAUUGUUCAUUUACUUAAUUGAGGAUGCUAGAGUGGCACAAUGAAAUGGAAUUGAUUGAAAGGUUGUCGCUGUUCACGUAUAAAAAAAAAAAAAAAUUGCUAUGCAUUGCAUGCCGAAGAGCUGCCGAUUGUCGCGCCUUCAAGCUCUUCUAUGAAAUGAAUGGCCCACAUGCCACUGCAGACCUUUGCUGUUUUCUGACGUCGUACAGAAAAGUCAGAGGCUGCUAUGUCGCUGCUCUGGUCUGCAGAGGUGUUGGAUGAACAUAGCGAUGAAACAUUUGGAUUCAGUUUUUUCAGGUCUUUUUUUUUUUUAAGUGGGGGGGUGGGGUGACACAUCUAACGAUUAAGCCCCAUCGACUCAUCAGGUGUAUUUAUGGCAAGUGUACUUUCAGAGAAACCUGGCUUCCCAUCUAUAUCCUGGUGAAGUUUGUUAGACUUAUUGGAUAUCCAAUGUCAAUACUAUUUAUUUGUUCUCUGGAGCUCAGCGUGGAUACAGAGAAGCUGAGCUUUCAGAUGGCAGCUUUAAAACACUUGGUUACUGAAUCUAGAAUUCCUUUUGACUUGAUCAUUUGUUGAGGCUCCAGAGUGUUGUACAGAAAAGCUUUGGGUUGCCUCUCCAAAUAGCAAAUGUUUUUAUAUCUGGACCGCACAAAUACUUUUUUUUUUUUUUAAAGAUACGCUGACUUUUUUUUUUUUUUUAAUAUAAACUGAAACCAUCUGCAAGUCUUUGGCUCUCACAAAUCCUCAUCAGUGCGAUGGCAACAGUUGGUUGGUGUAGUACAGAGAAACCAACCUUGUUUACAUGGCCAUCCAAAGUAGUGUUCUUAUUGCAGGUCAUUUAUUGUUGGCUACAGUAAGUGUAAACGUGCCUUUUCUAGUUCUUUCCCUUUGCUUUUCUUCCACACUCCUGACACAAAUUGUGCUUCUGUUAAGAAUAUGUAGCUCUUUCUUGUAAUGUGUUUCAUGUUUAGAUUGAGCACUUUCCUCGUGCUCUAAUAAACAAGUUCCUUGCAAUCUGCAA